GUCUGGCCCCGCGCGCUGACAGAGCUUGUGCAGGGGGAUGAGGCGGUUUUUGUUGCUCUACGCCACACAGAAAGGCCAGGCAAAGGCCAUCGCAGAAGACAUCAGUGAGCGGGCAGCCGCCCACGGCUUUUGUGCCGAGCUGCACUGCAUCAGCGAGUCGGACAAGUACGACCUAAGAACGGAAACGGCCCCUCUGGUGGUUGUUGUCUCUACCACGGGCACCGGGGACCCACCCGACACAGCCCGAAGCUUCGUCAGGGGCCUCCAGGACCGGACUCUGCCGGCUAAUCGCCUUGCUCACCUGCGCUACGGAUUGUUAGGUCUGGGGGACUCGGAAUAUACCUACUUCUGCAACGGAGGCAAAGUCAUUGACCGGCGGCUCCAGGAGCUCGGAGCACAGCAUUUCUAUGACACGGGGCAUGCUGACGACUGUGUGGGGUUAGAGCUUGUAGUUGAGCCGUGGAUCGAGGGGCUUUGGGCCUCACUCACCAAGCACUUUGCAUCUGGAGGAGGAGGAGGAGAAGACACCAUGCCUGGGGAUCCCCCAAGUGAUCCGAUGCCUGGAGGCCUCCCAGCAGCACCCACUGCCCCCCAAAGCACAGGGGCUAUGACCAGCCUUGAGUCUCAGCUGCAGCUUCUCCACAUAGACAAAGCAGACAGCAGGACGCCAGGGGCUCUCCCCACCCAGGUCCAGGCCACGUUGGCCUGCUCAGUGCCUCCCCUGUCAAUUGCCUCUCUUACGGUCCCUGCGUCCCCACCCAGAUUCCUCCAGGUGCACCUGCAGGACCCACUGGACCAGGAGGAGAAGCAGGUGCCUGUGCCUGGGCCAGAGCCAGUAUUUCGGGUUCCAGUUUCCAAGGCAGCUCAGCUGACCACAGCUGAUGCGGUGAAGGCCACCCUGCUGGUGGAGUUGGACAUCUCGCAAACAGACUUUUCGUAUCAGCCAGGAGAUGCUUUCAACGUCUUUUGCCCAAACCGUGAGGCAGAGGUCCAGGAGCUGCUCCAGCUGCUACAACUGGCAGAUCGGGCAGAGCAUCGUGUGAUCCUGGAGGUCUUGCCCGACACCCAGAAGAAAGGAGCGGUGUUACCACAGCAUAUCCCAGAGGGACGUUCACUCCGCUUCCUCCUCACCUGGUGCUUGGACAUCCGGGCGCCUCCUAAGAAGGCCUUCCUGCGGGCCCUAGUGGACCACACAGGCCAGGAGGCCGAGCGGCGGCGACUGCAGGAGCUGUGCAGCAGGCAGGGAGCACCCGACUACAACCGCCUGGUGCGUGACGCAGGCAUGGGACUAGGGGACCUGCUGGCCACCUUCCCGUCCUGCCAGCCCCCACUAAGUCUCCUGCUAGAACAUCUUCCAAAGCUCCAGCCCAGGCCAUACUCUUGUGCAAGCUCCAACCUACACCUACCUGGGCGGCUGCGCUUUGCCCUCAGCAUCCUUGAGUUUCCGAGCCCGCGAGGAGCGGCUGAUGUGCGUCGGGGCCUGUGCUCGGGCUGGCUUGCCCACCUGCUGGAGACCCAGCUCAGACCCCUCGGAGACCACAGGGGCAACCCCAGUCCUGAGAUCUUUAUCUCGCCUCGAGCAACAAAUUCUUUCCAUCUACCUGAGGAUCCCUCCGUCCCCAUCAUAAUGGUGGGCCCGGGCACUGGCUUAGCUCCCUUCAUCGGGUUCCUGGAGCACCGGGAGAAGCUGCAGGAAAAGCUCCCAGGGGCCCAGUUUGGAGCCACGUGGCUGUUCUUUGGCUGCAGACACAAAGAACGGGAUUACCUGUUCAGGGACGAGCUCGGCCGGUUCCAGAAGCUUGGGGUCCUCACGCACUUGUAUGUGUCCUUCUCGAGGGACCCAUCUACAGGGGAAGAUGCGCCUGCUCGAUAUGUGCAGGACAACCUGCGGCGGCUAGGCCCCCAGCUGGCCCGCGUGCUCCUGCAGGACAAUGGGCGUGUCUACGUGUGUGGAGAUGCUAAGAACAUGGCCAAGGAUGUGAACGAGGCCCUGGCUGACAUCCUGAGCCGAGAGGCAGGGCUGCCCAGUCUGGAAGCACUGCGGACUUUGGCCACGCUGCGGGAGGAGAAGCGCUACCUUCAGGACGUCUGGUCAUAGGGGAUAGAACCCAGCAGCAUCUGUCUUGAGCUUCAGGCAGGACCAGGCAUUUCUGACUGGGCAGGCCACAUCCUGUCUCUAAACGCAACUAUGUCGAGCCUCUUUUGGAGGAGAGGAUGGGACAUCGAGAUGGAGCCCCUCACCGGCCUGUAGCCUAGAGCCCAGAGCGACCCUUAUUCCCAGUGUGUCCAGGGAAGGAAGGUCUGGCUGGGCCAGCCUCGGGUCUGCAUCUCCUGCUCCAGGGCACCUGGUUAGGAUAAUGCAAUAGGGUUGGUUGGCUUAUUUGUGGUGGUAUUCGGGUUAUUUCAGUUUUUGCAAUCAGGAUUCUUGGGGUUCCAUAUGGGAUGCCAGGAAUUGAACCCAGCUUGACCACAUACAAGGCAAGCGCUCUCCCCACUGUGCUGUUGCUCUGAUUUUUAAAUUUUAAUUUAAUUAAAAAAUUUUUUUUGGCUUUUUAGCCACAUCUGGUGGCACUCAGGGCAUAUCCUUGGCUCUAAGCUCAGAAAUCACUCCUGGGGCUGGAGCGAUAG